UGGAGGCCGUGGAGGCCCUGGGGAAUUUGUUGGCCCACCUGGAGCAGAACUUGUCCGAGAGAGGCACCGCCUACCUGGCUGGGGACACCGAGUCGGUGGCUGAUGGGGCUGACUCUCUUCUGAUGCCCAACGCACUGCUGGAGUUGAAGUCCUACCUGCAGAAGCAGCCUCCGCCCUGCCUGGCAAUGGAGAGAACCACCAGUAACGAGCCCGAGGAGGAAGAAGGUUCUGAGCAUUCCCUGACGGAGGAGGAAAUCACAGCUGCUGUGGAUGCCUGGGCCCGUGGUGCUGCAGCGCUGCCCAAGCCCUGGCAGCCUCAGAAACCUGUGCUGCCGGUGGAGGGCAUGAGGAACGUCCUGAUCACCAGUGCUCUGCCCUACGUGAACAACGUGCCCCACCUUGGCAACAUCAUUGGUUGUGUCCUCAGCGCCGACACCUUUGCCAGGUACUGCCGUCUGCGGAACUGGAACACUCUCUACAUCUGUGGCACAGACGAGUAUGGCACAGCAACUGAGACCAAGGCGGUGGAAGAGGGGCUGACACCCCAGGAGAUCUGCAACAAGUACAACGCCAUCCACGCUGACAUCUACCGCUGGUUCAACAUCUCCUUUGACUACUUUGGCCGCACCACCACGCCGCACCAGACCACGAUUGCUCAGGACAUCUUCCAGCGCUUGCUGGCCCACGGUUUCCUACUGCAGGACACUGUGGAGCAGCUGCGGUGUGAGGACUGCCAGCAGUUCCUGGCUGACCGCUUUGUGGAGGGCACCUGCCCCUUCUGCAGCUACGAGGAGGCCCGGGGGGACCAGUGUGAUAAAUGUGGCAAACUCAUCAAUGCUGUGGAGCUGAAGAAUCCACAGUGCAAGCUCUGCAGGGGUGUCCCUGUAGUGAAGCCCACCCAGCACCUCUUCCUGGACCUACCCAAGCUGGAGGAGCGGCUGGAGCCCUGGCUGGAGCAGUCCUGGGCCACAGGGGACUGGACGGCCAAUGCUCGCUACAUAACUCGUUCCUGGAUCCGGGACGGGCUCAAACCCCGCUGCAUCACCCGUGACCUGAAGUGGGGCACACCUGUGCCCCUCGAUGGCUUCCGUGACAAGGUUUUUUACGUAUGGUUUGAUGCUCCCAUUGGCUACUUGUCCAUUACGGCCAACUACACUGACCAGUGGGAGAGGUGGUGGAAAAACCCACAGCAGGUCGAGCUCUACAACUUCAUGGCCAAGGACAACGUCCCAUUCCACAGCGUCAUAUUCCCCUGCUCGCUCCUCGGUGCUGAUGACAACUACACCCUGGUGAACCACCUCAUUGCGACAGAGUACCUGAACUAUGAGGACGGGAAGUUUUCCAAGAGCCGGGGCGUGGGAGUGUUUGGGGACAUGGCCAAGGACACGGGCAUCCCGUCAGACAUCUGGCGCUUCUAUUUGCUGUACCUGCGGCCUGAAGGACAGGAUAGUGCCUUCUCCUGGAGCGACCUCAUGCUCAAGAACAACUCAGAGCUGCUGAAUAACUUGGGGAACUUCAUCAACAGAGCUGGCAUGUUUGUCUGCAAGUUCUUCAGUGGCACUGUCCCCAACAUGGUCCUGACACCAGAUGACAAGCGGCUCUUGGCCCGUGUCACCCUGGAGCUGCACCAGUACCACCAGCUGCUGGAGAAGGUCCGCAUCCGCGACGCCCUGAGGUGCAUCCUCAGCAUCUCUCGACACGGCAAUCAGUACAUCCAGGUGAAUGAGCCCUGGAAGCGGAUCAAGGGUGAUGAGAAGGACAGGCAGCGUGCAGGCACAGUGACUGGUGUGGCGGUGAACAUGGCUUCUCUCCUGGCUGUCCUGCUGCAGCCCUACAUGCCCAGUGUCAGCCUGGCCAUCCAGGCGCAGCUCUGCAUCCCCCCAGACUGCUUUGUCCUGAGCCACGAUUUCACCUGCACCCUGCCCUCCGGGCAUCGUGUGGGCACCGUGAGCCCCCUAUUCCAGAAGCUGGAGAACGACCAGGUUGAAGCCCUACGCAGGCGCUUUGGAGGAGGGCAGGUGAGUUGGGCUGCAGUAGCCCCACAGCUUUGGGCCUCUCCACCCCCAGAGAUUCCUGUGGCUCCAGGGGACCCCCAGCUGAUCCAGGAGUUAACAGAGAAGGUGGCCAAGCAGGGCAAUCACAUUCGGCAGCUGAAGGCCAACAAGGCGGAGAAGGCCCAGGUUGACACAGAGGUGGCCAAACUGCUGGAGCUGAAGAAGCAGCUAGCCCUAGCAGAGGGCAAAACUCCUGAAGUCCUCGUGCCCAAGGGGAAGCGGAAGAAGUAG